AUGGAUUCUAUUUCAAUUUCGACCUUUGCUGAUUCAACGCCUUCAGUGCUCUCGGUGGUCUCGGGCGGCGGCCCUGGUCUUGCAUACUUCUCCGGCGUGGCGCUGGGUGUCUCGGCUGGAUGUCUGUGGACAGGCGCAACCUCUCUCGCUUUUUCGUACGCGGAUGAGCAAUCCAAGGGAACUUACCUUGCCGUCCAGUGGGGUCUGACGUCUUUGGGCGGGACGGUGGGUGCAGCGAUCGCGUUUGGAGUCGACGUCGACGCUACCAAAGCCACCGGCGUAUCCAAUGCCGUCUACGGGACGUUUCUCGGCAUCAUGCUCGCGGCCUGUGUGGCCGCUCUGUUCUUGAUCAUAGAUCCGAGGAAGGUUGUGCGUGACGAUGGAACGCACAUUGCCGAGUUCGAGCCGACCAGCAUACGCCAGGAAAUCUCCCAUCUGAAGGCCAUGGUCACUGACUGGAGGAUCUAUGUGCUUGUGCCGACGUUUCUGGCCUCGGAGAUGUGCCUGGCGACCGUGAGCAGCAUCAACAGCUACUACUUUUCUCUGCGCGCUCGGUCUCUGAACAACGUGCUUUUCCAAUUCAUCAUGAUCCCGGCGGCGUUUGCCUUGAGCUCACUGCUUGACAUGGGCCGCCUGUCUCGCCGGAAACGCGGUCUCAUCGCUUGCAGUUGUGUCGGGGUCAUCACCAUGGGUGCCAGCGCCGGACUGGUGGGCUGGAUGAAGAUCAACGGUCUAGACGGUCGCUUGUCCACCUCUCCCGAUGUGGACUGGACCAGUUCGCGCUUCGCCGGCGCCACUGUCAUCUACCUCCUCUGGGGCAUCGUCUACGCAAGCUAUCUGAUCAGCGCCAACUGGGUGGUGAGCUCGUUGAGCAACGAUCCCGCCCGCUGCGCCGUCUACGCCGGCUUCGCCAAGGGCACCGCCUCGCUGGGCUUGUGUAUUUGCUUCAUCAUGGACACCAGGUCCGUCACCUACAUGGCCCAGUGCAUCAUGCAGUUCGUCCUCUACGGCAUCGGUUCGCUGACCGUCAUCUACAUGCUCGUCUAUCACGUCACGGACACCAACUACUUCCUGGAGGACCACGUCAUUGUCCCGGAAAAGGUGCGCGAAGUCGCCGCCACCAAAUUGCACGACGUCGCCGUCGAGACCAACGAGACCAACGAUACCAAAUAG